CUCCGUCUCCUCCUCCUUCUCCUCCUCCUCUCACUCCUCUGUCUCUCGCAGCAGCAGCACAAGGCGAUUCAGCAGCAGCAGCAGCAUCAUCAGCAUCAUCAUCAGCAGCAGCAUCAUCAGCAGCAGCAGCAUCAGCAGCAGAAGGAGCAGCAGCAGCAGAAGGAACAACAAAGCUGAUCGCCCCCGAUGGAGGCUCGCCAGUGUGAUGCUCUCUGAGCUGAGCCGAGUUCAGCCCGAGUCUGGGGCCCCCCACGAUUCAGCAUCAGCGUCAUCAUGCAGCCCCCCCCGCGGAAGGCGAAGGUGACGCAGGAGGUGCGGUGCGCGCAGACAGAGCAGCUUGCGCGGCUCACGGCCAAACACCAGCAGGAGAGCGACCUCCUGGAGGACAUCCGGUCGUUCUGCAAGCAGCGGGCAGCCAUCGAGAAGGAUUAUGGACAGGGCCUGCAGAAGCUGUCGUCACAGUUCCUUCGGAGAGAGUGGAGCGUGCAAGAACCGGAGGGAGGGAACAAUAGCGGCAGCAGGAGCGCGUUCGCCGUGUGGCGCCUCGUGCUGCUCGGCACGCUGCAGGCCGCCAACAGCCGCCUCGUGGCGGCCGAGAGCUACCGGAGCCGCGUGGCCGAGCCGGCCAAGGCGGCGCGGGCGGCGCGCGACGCCCAGCUCAAGAAGUGCUCGGACCGUCUGGUGACUCUGCAGGCUGAGCUCGCCGACACGGUGAAGGAGCUGGAGAAAGCCAAGAAGAGAUUCUCUGAGCUGGAGCGAAUGGCCAAUCAGACGCGAGGAAAGAGUGGGGACACCGAGAGCUGGCUCAAGCGGAGCGAGUUCAGCAGCCUCUUCCACUCCAAGGCGAGCCUGCAGAAAGCCAACGCCAGGAUGGCGGCGAGGCGGAAGGAGUGCCACGUGAAGCUGCGGCAGGCACGGAACGAGUACGUGAUAAGCGUGGCGGGCGCCAACGCUCACCAGCAGCGCCACGCCAGCACCGACAUCCCCGCGCUGCUCUCGGCUCUGGAUGGCGACGUCUACGAGCGGCUGUGCGAGUAUUUCUGCGUGCUGGGCCAGACGGAGCUCGAAUCGUGCCAGAGCACGCAGGAGCCCUUCGUGGCCCUGCUGCAGGCCGCACACGGGGUGUCUCGCGAGCACGACCUGCAGCUCUUCCUGCGCGAGAACGCGGUGGUGAUGGAGCUGCCGCCCUUCUGCGCGCACACCGGCGACGACGCCGGUCCCGAGCUGCUGGGCCCUGAGGAGGGAGCGGAGGAGGUCGACCAGAGCCUGGACAAGGAGGCCCGCAAGUGGGCCUCGAAGGUGGCACGAGACCACAAGGUCUCCGUGCACGCCCAGUGGGUACUCGAGGGGCUGGAGGGGCAGAUGGCGGGUGCGGGGGGCCCGGGGGGAGUUCCGGAUCCGGCCGCCAACCUUGACAUGGAGGCAAAGAUGGAGGACGCACGGGAGAGCAUCCGGAAAGCGGAGACGGACCGGCUCAAGGCCGCCGCGUGCCUCUCGCUGCUGCGGCGCGUCGGCGUCGACGCCGACCUCUGGCUCGACGGCGCCAUGACCAAAGCGACGGCCGAGCUGGAGAGCGAGCGGCGCGCGACCGAGGCGCGGCGCAACAACGGGGAACUCUCGCCCACGGAGGAGCUGUCGCUGGGAGGAUACUACGACGGCGAGGAGUUUGAGUCGGACACUCUGGAUGAGAGUGGCUCCUCGCCCUCGGGGACCUGGCGGCAGUACCCACAGACGUGCCGCGUCCUCUACUCCUAUCAGGCGAACAUGCCGGAUGAGUUGACGAUUGACAAGGAUGAGAUGCUGGAGAUCAUCGAGGACGGGGACAUGGAGGACUGGGUCAAGGGCCGGAACGCGGCAGGCAAAGUUGGCUACGUGCCGGAGAAAUACCUCCAGCCGCUGGAGCCCGGCGGGGGGGGCGGGGGGCCCGGGGGGGGGUUCGGGGGUGGCGGCGGGGCCGGCGGUCUGCGUGGCAGCACGUCGGCGGACGUCAUCUCCUACACGUCGGGCAACUCCAUCGAGCCCGAGCUGCCCACCGAAGCCUCGCUCGGGGUGUGGCUGGCACGGGCGCUGUACGACUACGAGGCGCAGACGGAGGACGAGCUCUCUUUCCCCGAGGGCGCCAUCAUCCGCAUCCUGCACCGCGGCGGAGCCGACGAAGAGGUGGAGGAGGGCGACGUGGACGACGGCUUCUGGAAGGGCGAGCUCAACGGCCGUGUCGGCCUCUUCCCCUCGCUCGUCGUCGAGGAGAUGAGCUCCGGCGCCGGCGCCGAGGGCAGCAGCGGGGGCAGCAGGAGCCCCGACGAGGAGCGCCGGCCGUCCCCGCUGUCGCCCGCCGCCGGCCUGUCCCGCUUGUUGAGGCCGGUUUUCACUGGCGCACAGCGGCCCCCGAGCCCCGAGGUGCCCCGGCCGGCCCGGCCCCCGCGGCCAGCCUCCGCCAUCAUCGCUGGAUCUAGCGGAUGCGCCAACGGAGACAUAGGAGGCGCGUUCCGGCUCCCGCCCGUACAGAGACCCUCGCUGCGGCCGGUGAGGGCAGCUCCCCCGCCCCCAACAAAGAAGGCCGCCGCCCUGCAGGACGAAGGCUUAGAGGUCACGCUGGUGUGA